AUGCACAUAGCGACAUUGAUUGCAUUCGUGCAGCUGUCGCUAGCUACAGCUGUUUCAGAUGGCGUCCAAACCCUCACGGCGGCGGAGUUGAACCUCGAACUGGCCGGUGACAACCCGUUGUCGCCUUUCUACGAAACCAACGAUGACACCGCGGUGCACUUUAUGCGAGGCUCGAGGGCGGCCGAUUCUCCCCUCUCACCAGACAUAGACGUCCAGUGCACUGCAGAACACAUUGAAGUCACCGUCGAAUUCGCGGACGUAUAUGAUGGCAUAAUAUACAGCAAGGGAUACCUGAACGAUCCCAAGUGCAAAUACGUGUCUCUUGGAGGAAGUGAAUCGCGAUACAGCUUUAGAGUGCCUCUGAACGGUUGUGGCUCUCGACCUUUAUGUAAUGCAUGCGGUACUAUCGACAAUGUACUUGUAUUUCAAGCUGAUGAUUUCGUCCAGGGCUCAUUGGAUUUUGCAAGGAAGGUAUCAUGUGCACGAACUUCGUUCGAAAUAUCAUCUAGCGGAGCGAGGGAAGAGCAAUCUCAUGUAUUGAAAUUGAAGCCCUUUAUGGUAGAUAUGCUUGACGUAAUCGCUGUCGAAGGUCCGGGCGGUGGAGUUGAAUGCUGGAUGGAUAUUCAAAAAGGAGUAUUCCCUAACACUACCCCUCUCGAGAAUUCGAUAAAAAUUGGUGAAUACCUGACAAUUUUAGUAUACUUGAAGGACGUGCGGAAGCAAUUUAAUCUUAAAAUUCACGAUUGUUGGGCUUAUGAUAGCGACAGCUACGACAGUCCAAAGACGAAUAAAAUACAACUAACAGAUAAACAAGGAUGCCCCAAAAAGAAAAAGAUUAUCGACCAAUGGCAAAAGUCGACCAACACAGGCAAGAGUGGGGCAACAUUAAUAGCUUAUAGUAAAGUCAGCGCUUUUCGAUUUCCCGAAACAGACCAAGUGUACUUAACAUGUAAUGUUGAGCUCUGUACAAGCAACUGCGAAUCAUCGUGUGACGGCAACAUAAAUGAAAUUUCAACAACUAUCAGUACACAAUUAGAGUGUUAUCCAGGUUCGCCGGAUCCGCAAUGUCAGACCAUUACAGCACCGCCACAGAUUAAAUGUUACCCCGGUAGUAAAGAUACCCGAUGCCAAAAAUCGAGCACACCAGUACCACCCAAUUGUUAUCCUGGGAGCUCAGACCCACGCUGUCCUAGACCAACAACACCUGCACCACCCAACUGUUACCCCGGAAGCUCUGAUCGACGCUGUCCUAAACCAACGACACCAGCUCGACCUAACUGUUAUCCAGGUUCUAAUGAUCGCCGUUGCCCAAAACCUACAAUUCCAACAGCCCCAAAAUGCUUCCCUGGCAGUAAUGAUCCUCGAUGUCCCAAACCAACAUCUCCAAAACCUGUCUGCUAUCCCGGUUCACCUGACCCUAACUGUCCCCAACCACCAAGACCGACAACCAUUAAUCCACCAACCUAUUUGCCUCCAACUACACCUGAAUUAAAAUGCAAUCCUGGUUCAACUGAUCCACGGUGCCCGCGCCCUUCAACACCUGCCCCACCUAAUUGUUAUCCUGGAAGCUCUGACCUACGUUGUCCUAAACCUACAACACCUGCUCCACCUAAUUGUUACCCUGGAAGCUCAGACCCACGCUGUCCUAAACCAACAACGCCAGCUCCUCCUAAUUGCUAUCCAGGUAGUAGUGACCCACGCUGUCCUAAACCAACAACGCCAGCUCCUCCAAACUGUUACCCCGUCAGGAAAGCUCUGAUCCACGUUGUCCUAAACCAACAACGCCAGCUCCUCCUAAUUGUUACCCUGGAAGCUCAGACCCACGCUGUCCUAAACCAACAACGCCAGUUCCUCCUAAUUGUUACCCUGGAAGCUCAGACCCACGCUGUCCUAAACCAACAACGCCAGCUCCUCCUAAUUGCUAUCCAGGUAGUAGUGACCCACGCUGUCCUAAACCAACAACGCCAGCUUCUCCAAAUUGUUACCCCGGAAGCUCUGAUCCACGUUGUCCUAAACCAACAACGCCAGCUCCUCCUAAUUGUUACCCUGGAAGCUCAGACCCACGCUGUCCUAAACCAACAACGCCAGCUCCUCCUAUAUGUUACCCAGGAAGCUCAGACCCACGCUGCCCUAAACCAACAACGCCAGCUCCUCCUAAUUGUUAUCCUGGAAGCUCAGACCCACGUUGUCCUAAACCAACAACGCCAGUUCCUCCUAAUUGUUAUCCUGGAAGCUCAGAUCCACGCUGUCCUAAACCAACAACUCCAGCUCCCCCUAACUGUUACCCUGGAAGUUCAGACCCACGCUGUCCUAAACCAACGACACCAGCUCCACCUAACUGUUAUCCAGGUUCUAAUGAUAGCCGGUGCCCAAAACCUACAACUCCAACAGCCCCAAAAUGCUUCCCUGGCAGUAAUGAUCCUCGAUGUCCCAAACAAACAUCUCCAAAACCUGUCUGCUAUCCCGACCCACGCUGUCCGAAACCAACAACGCCAGCUGCUCCUAACUGUUACCCAGGAAGCUCAGACCCACGCUGUCCUAAACCAACAACGCCAGCUCCUCCUAAUUGCUAUCCAGGUAGCAGUGACCCACGCUGUCCUAAACCAACAACGCCAGCUCCUCCAAACUGUUACCCCGGAAGCUCUGAUCCACGUUGUCCUAAACCAACAACGCCAGCUCCUCCUAAUUGUUACCCUGGAAGCUCAGACCCACGCUGUCCUAAACCAACAACGCCAGCUCCUCCUAAUUGUUACCCUGGAAGCUCAGACCCACGCUGUCCUAAACCAACAACGCCAGCUCCUCCAAAUUGUUACCCCGGAAGCUCUGAUCCACGUUGUCCUAAACCAACAACGCCAGCUCCUCCUAAUUGUUACCCAGGAAGCUCAGACCCACGCUGCCCUAAACCAACAACGCCAGCUCCUCCUAAUUGUUACCCUGGAAGCUCAGACCCACGUUGUCCUAAACCAACAACGCCAGUUCCUCCUAAUUGUUAUCCUGGAAGCUCAGAUCCACGCUGUCCUAAACCAACAACUCCAGCUCCCCCUAACUGUUACCCUGGAAGUUCAGACCCACGCUGUCCUAAACCAACGACACCCAGCUCCAGCUAACUGUUAUCCAGGUUCUAAUGAUAGCCGGUGCCCAAAACCUACAACUCCAACAGCCCCGAAAUGCUUCCCUGGCAGCAAUGAUCCUCGAUGUCCCAAACCGACAUCUCCAAAACCUGUUUGCUAUCCCGGUGCACCUGACCCUAACUGUCCCCAACCGCCGAGACCGACAACUAUAAAUCCACCAACCUAUUUGCCUCCAACUACACCUGAAUUAAAAUGCAAUCCUGGUUCAACUGAUCCACGGUGCCCGCGCCCUUCAACACCCGCCCCACCUAAUUGUUAUCCCGGAAGCUCAGACCCACGCUGUCCUAAACCAACAACGCCAGCUCCUCCCAAUUGUUAUCCAGGAAGCUCAGACCCACGCUGUCCUAAACCAACAACGCCAGCACCUCCUAAUUGUUACCCUGGAAGCUCAGACCCACGCUGCCCUAAACUAACAACACCUGCUCCACCUAAUUGCUAUCCAGGUAGUAGAGACCCACGUUGCCCUAAACCGACAACGCCUUCUCCUCCCAAUUGUUAUCCUGGAAGCUCAGACCCACGCUGUCCUAAACCAACAACGCCAGCUCCUCCUAAUUGUUAUCCUGGAAGCUCAGACCCACGCUGUCCUAAACCAACAACACCAGCUCCCCCCCUAACUGUUACCCCGGAAGCUCUGAUCCUCGUUGUCCUAAACCAACAUCGCCAGCUCCUCCUAAUUGUUAUCCCGGAAGCUCAGACCCACGCUGUCCUAAACCAACAACGCCAGCUCCUCCCAAUUGUUAUCCAGGAAGCUCAGACUCACGCUGUCCUAAACCAACAACGCUAUCUCCUCCUAACUGUUACCCUGGAAGCUCAGACGCACGCUGUCCUAAACCAACAACGCCAGCUCCUCCAAAAUGUUACCCCGGAAGCUCAGACCCACGCUGUCCUAAACCAACAACGCCAGCUCCUCCAAACUGUUACCCCGGAAGCUCAGAUCCACGCUGUCCUAAACCAACGACACCAGCUCGACCUAACUGUUAUCCAGGUUCUAAUGAUCGCCGUUGCCCAAAACCUACAACUCCAACAGCCCCAAAAUGCUUCCCUGGCAGUAAUGAUCCUCGAUGUCCCAAACCAACAUCUCCAAAACCUGUCUGCUAUCCCGGUAGUAGAGACCCACGUUGCCCUAAACCGACAACGCCUUCUCCUCCCAAUUGUUACCCUGGAAGCUCAGACCCACGCUGUCCUAAACCAACAACGCCAGCUCCUCCUAACUGUUACCCAGGAAGCUCAGACCCACGCUGUCCUAAACCAACAACGCCAGCUCCUCCAAACUGUUACCCCGGAAGCUCUGAUCCACGUUGUCCUAAACCAACAACGCCAGCACCUCCUAAUUGUUACCCUGGAAGCUCAGACCCACGCUGCCCUAAACCAACAACACCUGCUCCACCUAAUUGCUAUCCAGGUAGUAGAGACCCACGUUGCCCUAAACCGACAACGCCUUCUCCUCCCAAUUGUUAUCCUGGAAGCUCAGACCCACGCUGUCCUAAACCAACAACGCCAGCUCCUCCUAAUUGUUAUCCUGGAAGCUCAGACGCACGCUGUCCUAAACCGACAACGCCAGCUCCCCCUAACUGUUACCCCGGAAGCUCUGAUCCUCGUUGUCCUAAACCAACAUCGCCAGCUCCUCCUAAUUGUUAUCCCGGAAGCUCAGACCCACGCUGUCCUAAACCAACAACGCCAGCUCCUCCCAAUUGUUAUCCAGGAAGCUCAGACUCACGCUGUCCUAAACCAACAACGCUAUCUCCUCCUAACUGUUACCCUGGAAGCUCAGACGCACGCUGUCCUAAACCAACAACGCCAGCUCCUCCAAACUGUUACCCCCAACAACGAAGCUCAGACCCCCGUUGUCCUAAACCAACGACACCAGCUCCACCUAACUGUUAUCCAGGUUCUAAUGAUCGCCGUUGCCCAAAACCUACAACUCCAACAGCCCCAAAAUGCUUCCCUGGCAGUAAUGAUCCUCGAUGUCCCAAACCAACAUCUCCAAAACCUGUCUGCUAUCCCGGUAGUAGAGACCCACGUUGCCCUAAACCGACAACGCCUUCUCCUCCCAAUUGUUACCCUGGAAGCUCAGACCCACGCUGUCCUAAACCAACGACACCAGCUGAACCUAACUGUUACCCUGGUAGCUCAGACCAACGCUGUCCUAAACCAACAACGGCCAGCUCCUCCAAACUGUUACCCCGGAAGCUCAGAUCCACGCUGUCCUAAACCAACAACGCCAGCUCCUCCAAACUGUUACCCCGGAAGCUCAGACCCACGCUGUCCUAAACCAACGACACCAGCUCGACCUAACUGUUAUCCAGGUUCUAAUGAUCGCCGUUGCCCAAAACCUACAACUCCAACAGCCCCAAAAUGCUUCCCUGGCAGUAAUGAUCCUCGAUGUCCCAAACCGACAUCUCCAAAACCUGUGUGCUAUCCCGGUUCUCCUGACCCUAACUGUCCCCAACCGCCGAGACCGACAACCAUUAAUCCACCAACCUAUUUGCCUCCAACUACACCUGAAUUAAAAUGCAAUCCUGCUCUGACCUACGUUGUCCUAAACCUACAACACCUGCUCCACCUAAUUGUUACCCUGGAAGUUCAGACGCACGCUGUCCUAAACCAACAACGCCAGCUCCUCCUAACUGUUACCCAGGAAGCUCAGACCCACGCUGUCCUAAACCAACAACGCCAGCUCCUCCAAACUGUUACCCCGGAAGCUCUGAUCCACGUUGUCCUAAACCAACAACGCCAGCUCCUCCUAAUUGUUACCCUGGAAGCUCUGAUCCACGUUGUCCUAAACCAACAACGCCAGCUCCUCCUAAUUGUUACCCUGGAAGCUCUGAUCCACGUUGUCCCAAACCAACAACGCCAGCUCCUCCCAAUUGUUAUCCAGGAAGCUCAGACCCACGCUGUCCUAAACCAACGACACCAGCUCGACCUAACUGUUACCCUGGUAGCUCAGACCAACGCUGUCCUAAACCAACAACGGCAGCUCCUCCAAACUGUUACCCCGGAAGCUCAGAUCCACGCUGUCCUAAACCAACAACGCCAGCUCCUCCAAACUGUUACCCCGGAAGCUCAGACCCACGCUGUCCUAAACCAACGACACCAGCUCGACCUAACUGUUACCCUGGUAGCUCAGACCAACGCUGUCCUAAACCAACAACGGCAGCUCCUCCAAACUGUUACCCCGGUAGCUCAGAUCCACGCUGUCCUAAACCAACAACGCCAGCUCCUCCAAACUGUUACCCCGGAAGCUCAGACCCACGCUGUCCUAAACCAACGACACCAGCUCGACCUAACUGUUAUCCAGGUUCUAAUGAUCGCCGUUGCCCAAAACCUACAACUCCAACAGCCCCAAAAUGCUUCCCUGGCAGUAGUAGAGACCCACGUUGCCCUAUACCAACAACGCCCGCUCCUCCUAAAUGUUACCCUGGAAGUUCAGACGCACGCUGUCCUAAACCAACAACGCCAGCUCCUCCUAACUGUUACCCAGGAAGCUCAGACCCACGCUGUCCUAAACCAACAACGCCAGCUCCUCCAAACUGUUACCCCGGAAGCUCUGAUCCACGUUGUCCUAAACCAACAACGCCAGCUCCUCCUAAUUGUUACCCUGGAAGCUCUGAUCCACGUUGUCCCAAACCAACAACGCCAGCUCCUCCCAAUUGUUAUCCAGGAAGCUCAGACCCACGCUGUCCUAAACCAACAACGCCAGCUCCUCCUAAUUGUUACCCUGGAAGCUCUGAUCCACGUUGUCCUAAACCAACAACGCCAGCUCCUCCUAAUUGUUACCCUGGAAGCUCAGACGCACGCUGUCCUAAACCAACAACGCCAGCUCCUCCUGAUUGUUAUCCUGGAAGCUCAGACCCACGCUGUCCUAUACCAACAAAACCUGCACCACCUAACUGUUAUCCAGGAUCUAAUGAUCGCCGUUGCCCAAAACCUACUACUCAAACAGCUCCGAAAUGCUUCCCUGGCAGUAAUGAUCCCCGAUGUCCCAAACCAACAUCCCCUAAACCUUAGCACUAAUCCACCAUCGACUUAUUUACCACCUUUCCCCGAAGAAAAUGAAGUCAAUCCUGUCAAGACAGCUAGACUGUCUGAUAAAAAUGUUGAAUACUACGACGAACCUCAAUUGGACGUUGAUAAUUUCCAGUUUACACGAACAAAACCAAGAUCACGAAAUGUCAGAGAUUUAAGCAAACAAAACGACAGUGUUAUUAAGGCAACAGAUGGUUUAGGAAUAGUUCAUAUGGCGCUCCUCCUAAUUGUUAUCCCGGAAGCUCAGACCCACGCUGUCCUAAACCAACAACGCCAGCUCCUCCCAAUUGUUAUCCAGGAAGCUCAGACUCACGCUGUCCUAAACCAACAACGCUAUCUCCUCCUAACUGUUACCCUGGAAGCUCAGACGCACGCUGUCCUAAACCAACAACGCCAGCUCCUCCAAAAUGUUACCCCGGAAGCUCAGACCCACGCUGUCCUAAACCAACAACGCCAGCUCCUCCAAACUGUUAAACCAACAACGCCAGCUCCUCCAAACUGUUACCCCGGAAGCUCAGAUCCACGCUGUCCUAAACCAACGACACCAGCUCGACCUAACUGUUAUCCAGGUUCUAAUGAUCGCCGUUGCCCAAAACCUACAACUCCAACAGCCCCAAAAUGCUUCCCUGGCAGUAAUGAUCCUCGAUGUCCCAAACCAACAUCUCCAAAACCUGUCUGCUAUCCCGGUUCACCUGACCCUAACUGUCCCCAGCCACCAAGACCGACAACCAUAAAUCCACCAACCUAUUUGCCUCCAACCACACCUGAAUUAAAAUGCUAUCCUAAUUCAACUGAUCCACGGUGCCCUCGACCUUCAACACCUGCCCCACCUAAUUGUUAUCCUGGAAGCUCUGACCUACGUUGUCCUAAAUCUACAACACCUGCUCCACCUAAUUGCUAUCCAGCUCAGACCCACGCUGUCCGAAACCAACAACACCAGCUACUCCUAACUGUUACCCAGGAAGCUCAGACCCACGCUGUCCUAAACCAACAACGCCAGCUCCUCCAAACUGUUACCCCGGAAGUUCUGAUCCACGUUGUCCUAAACCAACAACGCCAGCACCUCCUAAUUGUUACCCUGGAAGCUCAGACCCACGCUGCCCUAAACCAACAACACCUGCUCCACCUAAUUGCUAUCCAGGUAGUAGAGACCCACGUUGCCCUAAACCGACAACGCCUUCUCCUCCCAAUUGUUAUCCUGGAAGCUCAGACGCACGCUGUCCUAAACCGACAACGCCAGCUCCUCCUAACUGUUACCCCGGAAGCUCUGAUCCUCGUUGUCCUAAACCAACAUCGCCAGCUCCUCCUAAUUGUUAUCCCGGAAGCUCAGACCCACGCUGUCCUAAACCAACAACGCCAGCUCCUCCCAAUUGUUAUCCAGGAAGCUCAGACCCACGCUGUAGUAGAGACCCACGUUGCCCUAAACCGACAACGCCUUCUCCUCCCAAUUGUUAUCCUGGAAGCUCAGACCCACGCUGUCCUAAACCAACAACGCCAGCUCCUCCUAAUUGUUAUCCUGGAAGCUCAGACGCACGCUGUCCUAAACCGACAACGCCAGCUCCCCCUAACUGUUACCCCGGAAGCUCUGAUCCUCGUUGUCCUAAACCAACAUCGCCAGCUCCUCCUAAUUGUUAUCCCGGAAGCUCAGACCCACGCUGUCCUAAACCAACAACGCCAGCUCCUCCCAAUUGUUAUCCAGGAAGCUCAGACUCACGCUGUCCUAAACCAACAACGCCAGCUCCUCCUAACUGUUACCCUGGAAGCUCAGACGCACGCUGUCCUAAACCAACAACGCCAGCUCCUCCAAACUGUUACCCCGGAAGCUCAGAUCCACGCUGUCCUAAACCAACGACACCAGCUCGACCUAACUGUUAUCCAGGUUCUAAUGAUCGCCGUUGCCCAAAACCUACAACUCCAACAGCCCCAAAAUGCUUCCCUGGCAGUAAUGAUCCUCGAUGUCCCAAACCAACAUCUCCAAAACCUGUCUGCUAUCCCGCUGAACCUAACUGUUACCCUGGUAGCUCAGACCAACGCUGUCCUAAACCAACAACGGCAGCUCCUCCAAACUGUUACCCCGGAAGCUCAGAUCCACGCUGUCCUAAACCAACAACGCCAGCUCCUCCAAACUGUUACCCUGGAAGCUCAGACCCACGCUGUCCUAAACCAACGACACCAGCUCGACCUAACUGUUAUCCAGGUUCUAAUGAUCGCCGUUGCCCAAAACCUACAACUCCAACAGCCCCAAAAUGCUUCCCUGGCAGUAAUGAUCCUCGAUGUCCCAAACCGAACAUCUCCAAAACCUGUGUGCUAUCCCGGUUCUCCUGACCCUAACUGUCCCCAACCGCCGAGACCGACAACCAUUAAUCCACCAACCUAUUUGCCUCCAACUACACCUGAAUUAAAAUGCAAUCCUGGUUCAACUGAUCCACGGUGCCCGCGCCCUUCAACACCUGCCCCACCCAACUGUUAUCCUGGUAGCUCCCUACGUUGUCCUAAACCUACAACACCUGCUCCACCUAAUUGUACCCUGGAAGUUCAGACCACGCUGAAGUUCAGAGACCACGUUGUCCUAUACCAACAACGCCAGCUCCUCCUAAAUGUUACCCAGGAAGCUCAGACGCCACGCUGUCCUAUACCAACAACGCCUGCUCCUCCAAACUGUUACCCUGGAAGCUCUGAUCCACGAAACCAACAACGCCAGCUCCUCCUAAUUGUUACCCAAGCUCUGAUCCACGCUGUCCUAAACCAACAACGCCAGCUCCUCCUAAUUGUUACCCUGGAAGCUCUGAUCCACGUUGUCCCAAACCAACAACGCCAGCUCCUCCCAAUUGUUAUCCAGGAAGCUCAGACCCACGCUGUCCUAAACCAACGACACCAGCUCGACCUAACUGUUACCCUGGUAGCUCAGACCAACGCUGUCCUAAACCAACAACGGCAGCUCCUCCAAACUGUUACCCCCGGAAGCUCAGAUCCACGCUGUCCUAAACCAACAACGCCAGCUCCUCCAAACUCUCAGACCAACGCUGUCCUAAACCAACAACGGCAGCUCCUCCAAACUGUUACCCCGGUAGCUCAGAUCCACGCUGUCCUAAACCAACAACGCCAGCUCCUCCAAACUGUUACCCCGGAAGCUCAGACCCACGCUGUCCUAAACCAACGACACCAGCUCGACCUAACUGUUAUCCAGGUAGUAGAGACCCACGUUGCCCUAUACCAACAACGCCCGCUCCUCCUAAAUGUUACCCUGGAAGUUCAGACGCACGCUGUCCUAAACCAACAACGCCAGCUCCUCCUAACUGUUACCCAGGAAGCUCAGACCCACGCUGUCCUAAACCAACAACGCCAGCUCCUCCAAACUGUUACCCCGGAAGCUCUGAUCCACGUUGUCCUAAACCAACAACGCCAGCUCCUCCUAAUUGUUACCCUGGAAGCUCUGAUCCACGUUGUCCCAAACCAACAACGCCAGCUCCUCCCAAUUGUUAUCCAGGAAGCUCAGACCCACGCUGUCCUAAACCAACAACGCCAGCUCCUCCUAAUUGUUACCCUGGAAGCUCUGAUCCACGUUGUCCUAAACCAACAACGCCAGCUCCUCCUAAUUGUUACCCUGGAAGCUCAGACGCACGCUGUCCUAAACCAACAACGCCAGCUCCUCCUGAUUGUUAUCCUGGAAGCUCAGACCCACGCUGUCCUAUACCAACAAAACCUGCAACCACCUAACUGUUAUCCAGGAUCUAAUGAUCGCCGUUGCCCAAAAACCUACAACUCAAACAGCUCCGAAAUGCUUCCCUGGCAUAGCACUAAUCCACCAUCGACUUAUUUACCACCUUUCCCCGAAGAAAAUGAAGUCAAUCCUGUCAGAACAGCUAGACUGUCUGAUAAAAAUGUUGAAUACUACGAACCUCAAUUGGACGUUGAUAAUUUCCAGUUUACACGAACAAAACCAAGAUCACGAAAUGUCAGAGAUUUAAGCAAACAAAACGACAGUGUUAUUAAGGCAACAGAUGGUUUAGGAAUAGUUCAUAUGGCGGUCGGUGGCACCAUGUUCCUUAUUAUUUUGUCUAUUGCUCUAGCCGUCUAUAUUUAUAAAGAGUACAUAUUCAAAAAAUGCACCAUGGAUCCUCUU